AUGCCGCUGGAGCAUUCACCGAAGAAAACAACGAACGACCCCACGAAUGGUACCGUCAACGACCAAGCCAACGACGUAGUGAAUUUCCGAAUGCAGCAAAACGCUUCCGAUCAGCACCAAACGGAAAUUGCCGCCGAUACCACGACGAUGACACGCAUCAAGUCGUUGUCACGCCAACGACAUCACGUGCUGAACAAAGUGUUCCGCAUCAAGGAAUCAUUGGAUCGCCAACUCGGAUUGCCUGACCUGGAAGUGCUGCUGUGCAAUUUGCAGUCGGCAUACGCGGAAUUUGCCGGUUUCCACAGCCAGAUUGUUGCCGUUAUCCCGGACGAAGCGAUGGAACAAGAGGAAGAAACCUACGUACGAUUCGAAGCCCUGUACAAUGUGACGUUCGCUGGAGUGAAGAAACGCAUCAUGAAUCAACAUGUCCAACCAGCUCCACAAGUUGUCAUCCAUCAGCAACCUUUGAAGGCGCCCAUUCCAACGUUUGAUGGCGACUAUGCAAACUGGCCUAAAUUCAAGGCCAUGUUCCAAGACGCCAUUGCGCUUUCACGUGAUACUGAUGCGGUUAAACUGUAUCAUCUCGACAAGGCGCUGGUGGGAGCAGCUCAGGGAAUACUCGACACGAAGACGCUGAACGAAGGUAACUAUGCCCACGCUUGGCGUAUUCUAAUCGACAGGUACGAGAAUCAACGGAUGAUAGUCGAGACUCACAUCCGUGGUCUCUUAUCGCUGAAGAAGAUGACGUCCCAAUCCAGCAAGGAGCUCCAACGCCUGGUCGACGAGUGUACGAAGCACGUCGAGAGUUUGGAAUACCAGAACCAGCAACUCCUGGGAGUGUCCGAGCUGGUGGUGGUGUACCUGCUCACAUCCGCCCUAGAUGAUUCAACGAGGUUGCAAUGGGAGCAAUCUCUAGCAUCGAGCACCGAUUUGCCAGCAUACGAAGAAACGGUAAACUUCCUAAAAUCCCAGUGCAAGGUGCUGGAAAGAUGGGAAGCCGCCCGUUCAACAACGACUACGAAGACAAACUCCGAACCGAAACAACCAACGACGAAGCCGAAGCUUGCUAGCCAGCAAGUGCACGCAGCGGCAACAUCGAACCAGGAAACGAAGGACAAGUGCGACUUUUGCGGCGGUUUUCACUGGAAUUACCAAUGCAAUAAGUUAAACGCACUGUCUGCCAGCGAUCGAAUGGAGAAAGUGAAAGCAGCGGGCAUUUGCUUUAAUUGCCUGCGAAAGGGGCAUCAGGUGAAGAAUUGCCCGUCGCCAAAAUCCUGCCAAAAGUGCCAACGUCGGCACCACACACAACUGCACGACGAUGAUACCAAUGUGACACCGGAGUCCAAAUCCACAGCAGCUUCAACCAUCCCUGAAGACCACCUGGAGCAGACCGGCGAGUCUGUUUCAUCCGCAUCGAAACCUAUCCCGACGAGCGAGCAUCCGGUGUCCACCAGUUGCUCGUGCCAAAACGCCCAGUCACCGAAAACCGUUUUGUUGCUCACUGCGGUAAUCUUGGUGAGUGAUGAGACGGGCCAACAGCAGAAGUGCCGCGUUCUUCUGGACAGCGGUUCCCAGGUGAACUUCAUCAGCGAGAAGAUGGCCAACUCCCUUGGCAUCCGAAGACAACCCGCCGGUGUGCCGAUCGCCGGCAUAAACAACAUUCGAACGACUGCUCGUGAUAAGAUCGAGGUAAGAAUUCAUUCUCGUUGCAGCGAAUACCACACCAGGUUGGAGUGCCUGGUAAUUCCGAAAGUGACCGGAACCAUCCCGGCCAAAUCCAUUGACACCACAAAUUGGAACAUCCCUGCGGGCAUUCAACUGGCCGAUCCGACUUUCUUCCGGGCCGAUAGCAUUGACAUGCUAAUCGGAGCAGAGCUGUUCUUCAAAAUAUUGAAGCCCGGACACAUCAUUAUCGAGGAACGAUUGCCAGAGCUCCGAGAGUCACACCUUGGGUGGCUCGUAGCAGGUGCAAUUCAAGCCGACCCAUCAUCAGACAACGUCCGAUACUCUCAAGUGGCAUCGAUCGAGGAUGUCGCUGAUUCAAUUCACAAGUUUUGGGAGGUUGAAGAAGUACCGAACGCCACAUCGAUGUCAUCUGACGAACAGCAGUGCGAAGAACAUUUUGUUUCGACGUACUAUCGCGAACCGAACGGAAGGUUUGUGGUUCGACUACCGAUCAAGAGCAACGUCAACGAGUUGGAAAGCUGCCGUUCGCUAGCACUGAAGCGUUUCUACAUGCUAGAGAACAGGCUGCAGCGGAAUCCCGAACUUAAGGCACAGUACGUAAGAUUCAUCAACGAAUACCACGAGCUCGGUCACUGCCGAGUGAUAGAUGAGAAAGACGACGACGCAAGCCAGAACACGUAUUAUCUUCCACACCAUGCCGUUCUCCGCCCUAGCAGCUCCACGACGAAGUGCAGGGUGGUAUUCGAUGCGAGUGCCAAAUCAGCUGAAGACCACUUGUCCCUCAACGAUGUUCUGCUGGUAGGACCGGUGGUGCAGAGUGAGCUGUACGACAUCUUGCUACGUGCUCGAAUGCACCGGUACGUUUUUUCGGCAGACAUUGCAAAAAUGUACCGGCAGGUUCGUAUGCAUCCCGAUGACACCCGAUUCCUGCGAAUUUUUUGGAGAGACGAUCCGACGAAACCACUGACGGUUCUGGAGUUGACAACCGUCACUUACGGAACUGCAUCCGCUCCGUUUCAAGCAACAAGGUGCCUGAAUCAACUCGCUGACGAUGAACGACAAGAAUUCCCCUUAGCAGCGGAUAUCGUGACAAAGGAUUGCUAUGUGGACGACAUCCUCUCUGGUGCAGACACACUGGAGGAAGCCAUCGAAUCGCAGUGCCAACUGAAGGACAUGCUGUGCAAGGGUGGUUUUCCAAUCCACAAAUGGUGCUCCAAUUCACCGGAGCUCCUCGAGCGAAUUCCCGAAGCCGAGAGGGAGCAUACGACGAACAUCGAAGACAACGACAUUAACCAGGUAAUAAAAAUUCUUGGUUUACUCUGGGACCCAUCAACAGACGAAUUGCUACCGGCCGGAAUCCCAAGGUCGGCAAAUGAAGACAAUCGACCAGCAACGAAGCGUAUCAUCUACUCCGAAGUAGCAAAACUUUUCGACCCGCUUGGAUUGUUUGCACCCACCAUCGUUCUCGCAAAGUUGCUUGUGCAGCAGCUUUGGCGAACCCAGAAGGGCUGGGACGAUCCACUUGACGACAAUACCAAUCAACAAUGGAUCAAACUGAGGCAGUCGUUACCAUUACUGCGAGAAUUUCCGAUUCCACGCCAAGUCACCGUCAAUGAAGCCAUAUCGUUUGAACUGCACGGGUUUGCUGAUGCCUCCAAUGUGGCAUUUGGAGCGUGCAUCUACAUUCGCAGCAUCCAGUCCGACGGUUCUGCCACGUCACGUUUGCUAACCAGCAAAUCUAAGGUGGCACCACUACGAGAAGUAUCCAUCCCACGCAAGGAAUUGUGCGCCGCGCUCCUGCUUGCUCGCUUGUUGGUAAGAGUACUUUCGGCCAUUCCGACGAAUUUUCAACGUGUGAUGUUAUGGUCCGACAGCGAAAUUGUUUUGGCCUGGCUGAAGAAGCACCCCGGCCAACUAGAAGUAUUCGUUCGCAACCGAGUUGCAGAAAUACAACGUCUUACUGAAGGCCAUCCGUGGAACUACAUCCGAUCAUCAUCGAACCCAGCUGAUAUCGUUUCGAGGGGACAGUCACCCGUCGAGUUAGUCACUAGCGCUCUUUGGUGGGAUGGUCCCACAUUCCUUGAAGCGCCGGUUCUCAACAUCGAGGCACCCGAAGAAAUUCCCGACAGCGAACUUCCAGAAAUGAAACCCAAUACCGUGGUAACAAUGGUUUCGUUCCAGGAGCAGUAUCCCGAACUAACGAAGUAUAGCUCAUUCCGUACGUUGCAACGAGUCAUCGCAUGGGUUUUGCGCUUCAAGAACAACUCUCGUAAGAGGAUAUCCGAACGUGUUCUGGAUCGACACUUGACCGUUAGCGAGCUGCGUCAAUCUCUGCUGGUCAUUUUGCGCGUUGUUCAGCAGGUGGAGCUGGGCGACGAAAUACGUCGAAUCGAAUCCAACGUUGCGUGUAAGCGGUUACAGGAGCUUCAUCCGACCUUCGAAGACAACCUUCUACGAGUGGGUGGAAGGCUCACCCAGUCACGAUUGCCUGAAGCAGCAAAACAUCAAAUCAUCCUGCCCAACAAAAAUCCAGUCACGGAGUCGCUGAUACGAGCAUUGCACGAAGAGCAUUUGCACGUAGGACCUGCAGGACUGUUGUCAGCCUUGAGACAGCGGUUUUGGUUGUUGAACGCCCGUUCGACAGUAAGGAAGGUGACCAGGUCAUGCGUCAAGUGCUUCCGAACAAAUCCAUCCGACGUUUCCCAGCUGAUGGGAGAGCUACCGAAGCAACGCGUGACACCAUCGCCGCCAUUCAGCGUCACCGGCGUCGAUUACGCUGGUCCAAUGCUGGUGAAGCAAGGAUCGUAUCGACCGAAGGUGGUCAAAUCGUACAUCGCCGUUUUCGUUUGCAUGUCCACUAAGGCCGUACAUCUUGAGUUGGUGUCGGACUUGACAACCGACGCUUUCAUCGCUGCUUUGCAACGCUUCGUAAGCCGCCGGGGAAUUGUGUUGGAGAUGCACUCCGAUAAUGCAACAAAUUUUCAUGGCGCUCAGCAUGAACUGCAUCAUCUCUACGAGCUGUUUCAGAAGGAGCAUGAAGUCGACCGCAUCGUUCGAUAUUGCCAAACGAAGGAAAUCGAGUGGCAGUUCAUCCCGCCUGACGCACCAGAAUUCGGCGGUUUAUGGGAGGCCGCCGUCAAAAGCACGAAGAAUCACCUGAAAAGAGUAAUAGGAAAUGUUACUCUGACGUUCGAGGAAAUGGUUACAACGCUGUGUGAGAUUGAAGCGAUUCUCAAUUCUCGCCCACUAUUUGCCGUUUACAACGACCCAGCCGACCCCGAAGUCAUCACGCCGUCGCAUUACUUGAUCGGCCGUCCAAUGACGGCAAUUCCGGAGCCGACCUACACUGACGUGAAGAUCAACCGUCUGUCCCGUUGGCAGCACGUUCAAUUGAUGCGAGAGCAUUUUUGGAGAGCCUGGUCCAGGGACUAUUUGUCGAGUCUGCAGCCAAGGAAGAAGAACAAAAUGGAGGUCGCAAAUCUGCGGUCAGGUAUGAUAGUACUCAUCCACGACAAGAACCAACCACCGCUACAUUGGAAGCUUGGCCGUGUGACGGCCGUGUACCCUGGACCCGACGGCUUGGUACGAGCUGUUGAUGUGUUCAGCGAAGGAUCCACUUUUCGUCGUGCUCUCACGAAGCUGUCAAUCCUGCCUAUCGAAGAUAACAAAGCCAACUAG